GUUAAAAGGAGGAGACGCGGAGUGACACGCCUCAUUGGGGAGAUUAUGCGCGGCCAACAAAACCCGCGCGUCGCCCCGCGAGUCGUCCGCAGCAUCCCGACACGUCGCCCGGGCGCGCACCACCGGGACAGAGCGCGACGCGUCCUGCUUCUGACACGUUGAGGAAACAAACGCAACGUCCUUCCCUUUUUUUUACCCCCCCACCACCCCUUUGCAGGCUUUACUUAUUCGUCGCUUCUUGUGGCUCCGCUCCGGUUGUGGAUUAUUUGGUUCCGAAUCUGCGUAAAAGAGGUCGGCGGCCAUGGAGGAGUCGAGCUCGCAGCACAAGGCGCAGCUGUGGGACGGCGAUGCCAAGGCGGUGCAGCAGUGUCUGACCGACAUCUUCACCAGCGUCUACACCACCUGCGACGUGCCCGAGAGCGCCAUCUUCGGGCCGUGCGUGCUCAGCCACACGUCCAUGUACGACAGCAUCGCCUUCAUCGCGCUCAAGGCCACCGACAAGCGCACCGCGCCCUACAUCUUCCGGGUGGACACGUCGGCCGCCAACAGCACAUCGGAGGGCCUGAUGUGGCUGCGCCUGGUUCAGUCGGCCCGCGACAAAGAUGAGCAGAACCUGGAGGCCUACGUGAAGAACGGUCAACUCUUCUACCGCUCGCUCAGGCGCAUCGAGAAGGACGAAGAGCUGCUGGUGUGGUACGGAAAAGACCUGGUGGAACUGUUGCUGCUCACCGCCGCCAGGGCGCCCGUCAAGAGCAAAGGUUCAUCCCAGCACUCGUGUCCGGACUGCAGUCAGAGGUUCCAGUUCGAGUUCCCGUUUUUGGCGCACCUGCGCUUCCGCUGCACCAAAAGACUGCAGAGCUUGACGGGACUAGACGAGGUGGAGCAGCCGGGCAGUGAGCGCAGCCCGGAGCGGCAGAACACGACGUCCGGCAGGUGCAGCCCCAAACGCGGGCGCGGCGAGGGCGACGUCGGCAAACCCUCCACGGACUUUCACAACCUGGCUCGGGACAUGGAGAACAACCGGACCGGCAGCCCGCCGAGCGACAGGGAAGCCGAGGUGUGCAGCGAGAGCUCGGGGAAACGAAAGUUCUCGUCCGCCGACGAGCGGGACUGCCGCCGAGCGGGCCCGCCGCAGUCCAAGUCCAAGGAGGAGUUGGCCACGUCGGCGCAGAACUACCGAGGGGUCUACGGCUUGGAGGAGAACCACCAAGUCCGGUCGCUUUCCUCAUCCGGUUCCUCCGAGACCAAAUGCAGCGCCUUUACCGAAGUCAAGAAGGCGGUCCAGACGCUCAAGAACCACGGCGGCAGUAAAAACUCUGAGAACAAAGACCGUCCCGGCGGCGGGCCCCCGGACAAGCACCCCAACGUCCGUCAGGUUCUGUCGGAAACGCAGCCGCCCCAGAGCCUGCCCAUGGCGAGCGCCUUCACCUCGGUGAGCCAGGCAGGCGGCGGCGGCGGCGGCGAGCGCAAAAGCGCCUUCAGCCAACCGGCCCGAUCGGGCUACUCGCAGAUCUCGCCCUUGGUGAUGGCGCCCAAGCUGCUGGACUGCCACCCGGCGGUGGGCGAGGCCAUCUCGUCCGCUCGCCUCUACCAGGCCGACCACCUGGCCGCCAAGCUGCAGGGCGCCGAGCUGGGCGCCAACUGCCCCGUGCCGGGGGGCGUGGCCAAGCAGAGCCCCUUCGCCUACGCCGCCGCCGCUGCCGCCGCCGCCGGCGCCACCUUCUGGCCCAAGAACUCUGGCGGCUCCGUCCAACUGCAGAUGCCCUCGGCGCUCACGCUGCUGCCGCCCUCCUUCACGUCCCUCUGCCUGCCGGCCCAGAACUGGUGCGCCAAGUGCAACGCCUCCUUCCGCAUGACUUCGGACCUGGUGUACCACAUGCGCUCGCACCACAAGAAGGAGUACGCCAUGGAGCCCCUGGUCAAGCGCCGGCGCGAGGAGAAGCUCAAGUGUCCCAUCUGUAACGAGUCCUUCCGGGAGCGCCACCACCUAUCUCGUCACAUGACCUCACACAACUGACUCGGGGGGCCCGGGAACUGACGGCAGGGAGUCGUCAUGGAUUGGGGACUGGG